GACCACAACAACCUAAUCCGGAAAUCAGUCCAUCUCGACCCGGUUCAUGUCGACUUGGGCGAGGCCUGUUUCUAUCUGAAUUAUGGCGGAAGAUGAGUACAUUUGACGCGGAGUAGGCAAGGAUAACUCGAGGUAGUGACUAGCGAGGCUUUAAAAAUGAAUCCAGACACUCGUUCUUAACGAUGCCGGGGCUGAAUGGGUAGCUCGUAUGUGAACUUGCUAGUCGCUUGCUUGUCACCGACGUCUUUGUCCUGUAUUGCUGUUUAAGCAGUCAGUCAAAUAAAACAGCACCGCAAUAUAGCUACGUUGUUGUUGUGUCAUUUUCUAACGUGGCACACAUAUAGCGUCAUCAUCAAUGGAUGACAUGGUGUUUUCAAAAUAAAACAAAUACGCCGCGCAAAGUUAUUAUUGAUGGCGUCCUCCAAAGUCGACAUCGCCAGCAAUGAGAGCAAUUGUUCCAAAGACAACAAUGGCAGCCGUCUUUCCGCCGAAGCAGCAGACCAGACUUACUUUUGUGUCGAUGACCUGGUGAACGUCGCCACUGUGGGUGCCGAACAUCAGGGACGUGUUGCGACGAGAGAGUGUGUCGAUGAUAAGAUAUUAAGCCGAGUUGGUACAGGAACAUUUGGUCGCGUUUAUCUGGUUCGAGAGAAGAAGAGCAGGACCUUCUAUGCCCUGAAGCAGAUGAGGAUCCCUGACGUAAUCCGCCUAAAGCAGGAGCAGCAUGUCUUCAAUGAAAAAGCCGUGCUGAAAGAGGUCAACCACCCAUUCCUCAUCCGACUGUUUUGGACGCACCAUGACGAACGCUUCCUCUAUAUGUUGAUGGAUUACGUGCCUGGCGGGGAGCUCUUCAGCUACCUUCGCAACCGUGGCCGUUUCAUCAACACAACAGCUCUCUUCUACGCUUCUGAGAUUGUCUGUGCUAUUGAAUACCUGCACUCUAUAGACAUUGUCUACCGUGACCUAAAGCCAGAGAACAUCCUGCUGGACAGGGAGGGCCAUAUCCGUCUGACCGACUUCGGCUUUGCCAAGAAGCUUUCUGAGAGAACCUGGACACUCUGUGGCACUCCAGAGUAUCUAGCUCCAGAAGUCAUCCAAAGCAAAGGUCACGGUCGAGCAGUGGACUGGUGGGCUCUCGGGAUCCUCAUCUUUGAAAUGCUGGCAGGGUAUCCACCUUUCUUUGAUGACAAUCCUUUUGGAAUCUACCAAAAAAUCCUGGCAGGAAAACUGGACUUUCCACGUCAUCUAGAUUUCUAUGUCAAAGACAUCAUCAAGAAGUUUCUGGUGGUUGAUCGAGGAAGAAGACUUGGCAACAUGAAGAAUGGCACAGAAGAUGUGAAAAAGCAUCGAUGGUUCAAGGCUGUUGACUGGGAGACUGUUCCUCUGAGAAAAAUGAAGCCUCCAAUUGUUCCCAAAGUCUCCCAUGAUGGCGACACCACAAACUUUGAAGUGUACGCCAAUGACGAGUGGGAAACAGACUCUUCUGUUCCACCCAGAGACUUGGAAAUCUUCAAGAACUUCUGAUGACCCUCACUUUUCUCCAUUAGAAGUCAAAGUUGGUUAAAUGUCUUUAACUCGUUUUAACUCCAAAUGAUUAAUCUGCUCUUUUUUAUUUUUCAAUAUUGUUUUCUAAGCAGAAGAAAACUAAAGACUGUUACUUUCUAGCUCGAACAAAGACAAUCUUGUUUCAAAAAAAUGUUAUAUUAUGUCCUGUUUUGAUAUUUUUCUUUGUGACCUUUGAACCCUGUGACUGUUCUUGUAACAGUAUUCUGGCCAGAAGUGAGUAUUAUGAGGAAUACUACUUUAUGUAAGGGAGCAUAAGGUGCCUUAUGUUUUUGCUACAUAUUUGGAGAUUUUACUUGAAAUUGUGUUUUUUUUGUCACCUUGUAAUACAUUAUGGUAUGUGAAAAACAACAGUUUGCGGUUUUAUGGUGCUAUUGGCUCCUGUAACAUUUGUUUUUUACAUUAAAAUCUAUGUACAAGAAUGGAAA